AUGAACUGGUUCUUUGAAAAACACGCCCCGAUCAACAGAGUGCACAGCUCCACAUUUUCCCCACCUUCGUAUCCUGCUCUCAUUUGUGGAUCCAUGAUGCAGUGUUCUGACCACACCCCACGGCAACUGUCCCUGACCGGGGAGCUAAACCGGAUGCGCCUUUUCACUUCCGGUAAUACCUUCAUCUUUUUCCUAAAUAACUGGGGCGACACGCAAUACUGCAUGCACGGAUCACAAAUUCCUGUUCGCCAACACAUUUCGUUCACUGGUAGCUCGAAGAAGACGAUAAGGAGGGAGGAUGAGGAUGAGGAGGAGGAGGAGGAGGAGGAGGAGGAG